CCACCCCUUCAAAGCCCAACGCUUCGACCGCUCCUAAAUACGUCUUGGUUCAAGAUGAUAUCUUUUUCUCUUCCGUUCCUAUGAUAGUCCUAAAUUUCCCUCUACACACAGUGUAGUCCCUCCAAAAUGACGUCGAUCCAAUUCCGCCCACCGUACACGCAGGAAGAGCUCGACAGACUCUACCCCAAAGACCUAGAACUGCGACUGGUCCAGGUCCUCCUCCGCCAUGGAGAACGCGCUCCCGUGUCAGCCAGAUUUGGAAAUGCUUGCCAGCAUACUGGCCCUACUGUAGUGCGGCGCAACGACUGCGCUCCGUCGCCAUGACCCCGCAAGAUGUGGCACAGUGGAACUCUCUACAAUGGCGGAGAAGACUCGAGAGGUUUGGCGAGGACGAUGGGCCGGUCAUCGCGGCUGGGCCCAAGGGAGAGGUUGACGGGGUCUGGUAUGGACAAUUGCCUACCGAUUUCUCACUUGAGACGAUCUCUGUACUCAUUGGUUCUGUUGUCAUGAUACAGUCAACUCGGCGAGCUCACCGACCCAGGUCGCCAAACGACAUACACCCUGGGGACGCGCCUGCGCACCCUGUAUGUGGACCAACUGCACUUCAUGCCCUCCCUCAUCGCCAACGCCGACCUGAUCUACCUGCGCUCCACCCCUCUACCCCGCGCGUUGGAAUCGGUGCAGCAGACGUUCUGGGGCAUGUAUCCCUUGACGUCGCGCACGGCCGCAUUCCCAGCGCCGACGAUCGUGACACGCACCCCCGCGGACGAAACCCUCUUUCCAAACGACGGCAACUGUCGAAGGUUUGCGCAGUUGAGCAGGGCCUUCGCCCAGCGCACGGCCGACAGAUGGAACGACUCCGACGACAUGAAGUACCUGACGAGACUGAUCGGGAAAUGGAUGCCCGAGAGCAGUGACAAGAAGAUUGCGGUCGACUCGCACCCCCGUCUCUCGGGGAUCAUGGACACCAUCAACUCGACCCUCGCGCACGGGCCCGAAACUCGUCUCCCCAAGGAAUUCUACGACUCCCGCGCCCGCGAGAUCAUCGAGCGGAUCGGCGUCGAGGAGUGGUUUUCGGGGUACAAUGAGAACCGCGAGUAUCGGAUGUUAGGCAUAGGGGGCCUGAUAGGCGACGUCGUCGAGCGGAUGACCUCCAAGAUCGAGGGCGCGGGCCUCUCAAUCAACGAGAUCGGAGGGGAGAAUGGACGGUUGGGGAUGGGUCGAGGUGGGGAGACAGGGAUCCGGUUUGCGUUGAGUGGGUGUCACGAUACCACGCUGGCGGGCAUCUUGACGAGCUUGGGGGCGUUUGGAGGGGAGAAAUGGCCGCCUUACACGAGUCACAUCGCAUUCGAACUUUUUAAGGAGAAAGACCACGGAGACGCGGCCAAGGGACAUCCUUCCGACGCAGACUUCCUUACGCCAACCACACCGGCGAGCACAGAACCCAAGAGCCAGCCACAGCAGGGCGAUCAGGUGUCGAAACCGGGAUUCUUCGCGUCCUUCCUGGGCCUUCGAUCCCCGUCCUCAUCGACUGACGCCAACUCAAGAGACCCCUCAUCGAACACCUCGGCCACCUCGUCUUUGAGCCCUCUCUCCACGCCCUCCCUGUCCCGCUCCUCCACCAUAUCCCCCUCCGUGCCUCCCAAGGACCUCAUAGCGCGGACGCCUCACUCGGAACUCUCCGAGUCCCAGAAGCGCCGCCUGGAUGGCUACUACGUGCGGAUCCGGUACAACGACCGCGUGAUGAAGAUCCCCGCCUGCGCGCAGCCUGGGAACAACUACCGCGGCGACGCGUCCCUGUGCACAUUCGAGGCCUUCAAGCGCGUCGCCGACGGCUACGUGCCCAAGAACUGGAAGGUCCAGUGCGGCCAGAACAUCGAGGACGCCGCCAAGGGCAGCUUGGUGAGCGCGCCGGGGCUCGACCAGCCCGCCGAGUGGGCCGGGCAGAUUGAGGAGGGCUCAUGAACGUCGAAUAUCGCAUCAACAACAGGCGGAGAAAAUCCCGGAAGAGUAGUAUGUGGGACGUUGGAUAUCGGAUCUGCUCUUUUUCCGUCUGCUCUGCGCUGGUAUCCUCGGACCUCUGGGAUCCAUUCACGGAUGCUCACGACUGCCUCGUCCGUGAGCAUGAAACAAAGGAAGAAAAACACGUCGAAGUCGCUUGGCGAAUGUCAUACAUACAUAGAACAGCGCACGCAGCGCAGGGCGAGGAGUCCUACAGUAGCCCACGGCACGGCUUGCAUAAACCUCUCUUGGACCAGGGCCCCCUUGCCAGGGCGCGGACAGGAUAGAUAAUAGGCUCAUGGCGGAUCCUUAAUCCACGCAGGCGCACCUGAAGGCAAUAUCACCGCGGGGGUAAUUAUAUAGACCAAUCUCAUUAAUCGGUCAACCGGGCUUGUCUCUGGUCUAUGGACCUGGUACUCUC